AUGACCAAGCUCUUCUUUGUCGACACCUGGGGUGCCGCAGGCGUAAUGCCUAUAAUCUUUAUCUUGAUAAUAGUCCUCAUUAGGAAGGUUUAUAUUCUUGAUAGACAGAAACGCUAUCAAACUCGGAAUGGAUGCAUGCCUGUCCAUCGGGCCCCGUGUCAGGAUCCCAUUCUGGGUAUAGAUUUAUAUCUAAGAGUUGCAAAACUCAGCCGAGAGCAUGAAUGGCUCAACUCGAUGGUUGAAGACCACCGUCUUCACCAAAACACAUUUCGCGCCAGCGUUUUAGGCCAAGGAUUCAUAAUCACUAUCGAACCCGAAAAUAUCAAAGCUGUGCUUUCGACGAAGUUCCAGGACUUUUCGUUGGGAAAUCGGGAGGAGACUCUAGGUCCGUUGCUGGGCAAAGGCAUUUUCAAUUCCGAUGGCGAAACUUGGACCCAUUCUCGUGCUAUGAUACGCCCGAACUUCGCUCGCGAUCAGAUAGCCGACCUCGAUGCAUUCGAGACUCAUAUGCAAACAUUCCUUCGAUGCAUACCGCGAGAUCAAUCAACUGUUGACCUCCAAGAAUUGUUUUUCCGAUACACCAUUGACAGCGCUACCGAAUUUCUCUUCGGAAAAUCCGUUGAUGCCUUGAGAGAGAAGCUGGUCGGUAGUGGACAGAUGGGUAUUACAUUUGCUCAAGCUUUCAAUACGGCUCAAGACGCCUGCCAGGAGCGCAUGAAGAUGGGUUCUUUCCACCGACUAUAUUACAAUAGAAAAGCUGACGAGGCUAUCAAAUUCUGUCAUCAGUAUGUGGAUAACAUUGUGAGUAAAGCUAUCAAUAACCAGACGAGCGGCUUGUCAGAAAAGACAGGCGGCAAAUACGUCUUUCUAGAACAGUUAAUCCAGGCUACGAAAGAUCCGAGGAGGCUAAGGGAUGAAAGUCUGAAUGUGCUGCUCGCAGGACGUGAUACAACAGCCGGUGUUCUGUCGAACCUCUGGUUUGAGCUCGCAAAACAACCUGCAAUAUUCCACCGCUUGAGACAGGAGAUUACGCGAGAGCUCGAUGGCAAAAUUCCAUCUUACGAACAGCUUCGUAACCUCAAGUAUCUCAAGUACUGCCUAAAUGAAGCCCUUCGCCUCUAUCCAUCUGUUCCGGUCAAUGUCCGUCUGGCAUUGCGCGACACACACCUUCCAAAAGGCGGCGGUCCCGAUGGGAAGUCGCCUGCAUUUGUACCCAAGGGCCAUAUCGUCUCCUAUUCAGUUUACGCCAUGCAUCGCCGCCAAGACAUCUACGGCCCUGAUGCAUCAACAUUCAGGCCAGAAAGAUGGGAAUCGCUGCGCACAAGCUGGGACUACCUGCCCUUCAACGGCGGACCCAGAAUCUGUUUGGGCCAGCAAUAUGCGCUUACUGAGGCUAGCUUCGUCACUGUCCGACUGCUCCAAGAAUUCAAGGAUAUUGAAAGUCGUGACCCAGGGCCGUGGAAGGAAUCUCUGAGUUUGACUUUGAGUUCAUUGAAUGGAACAAGGGUUGCUCUGACUCCUGCGUAA